AUGUUUAAUAAUGAUUAUUCUUGUACAUAUAUUGAUCACUUAAACGAUCCCAUUUAAGGCUUUUGCUUAAACUCAGACUGUUAAUGUUCUCAAAAGUAGUUCUGUUUGAAGUGUAUUCAGGAAGAAGAUAAACACUCAAAACAUAAGGAGGAUUGCAAAGGUUUCAAUGAAAUUCUUGGUUUAAUAACAAAAAAUAUUGCCACUUUCUCCAAUCUAUAUAAAGAAUUAGAGGGCUUAUUUAUAGAAGUUAGAGCAAUUUAUGAUAAAUAAUUAAAAGAAAUAGAUGCUACUAAGAACAAAUUUAUUACUCUCUAGUAGAUGCUUGAAGAAUAGAACUAUUAGGAAUUAAGAGAAAGUUCUAAUUUAUCAAUGUUAAGAUUUAUGUAUUCAUUGACUUGGAAUAACAAAUUUGGAUUAAACAAUUCCUAUAAAAGUGAACUAUUGAUCUAAGAUCCAAGAUUUAAGAACCUCAAACUGCUAUUAACUUCAUUCGAGUAACUGAAAAAUUAAACUCCAAAUAAUGGUGGCAAUUCCUUUUUAUGUGUCCAAUAGUAGGGUCCUGAUCUAGAGAUGUCAUACUUGAAUCAAUCUUAACAAUUAUUUGAAAUAGGAUUACAAUAUAUGCAAGAACAUGAAUGGGAUAAAGCCGAUUAGGUAUUUAAGAGAAGUAUAGAUAGAAAUUAACAGGAUUAUAAGACUCUUUUCUUUUACAGUUGGGUCUUAAUUGAAUUGAAUAAAUGCUAAGAAGCUUAGUCGUUACUAGAAUAAUCUCUUGAAUUGAAUAGAAAUCUAUCUAUUGAUUUACUUAACUGGUGCGGAUGGGAAAAAAAUACAUCAUUUAAUUCAGUCUUAACCAUUGCUUAAGCAUAUGCCUUAGAAUUGAACGAUAAUUAAGAAAAGGCGAUUCUGCUUUAUGAUUAAGCAAUAAAUUAUGAUAAAAGACAGACAUGUGCAUAUGCAAGAAAAGCUACUCUUUUAGUAAAGUUCAAAAUAUAUGAUGCAGCUCUAGAAACCUUAAACGAGGGUUUAAAAAUCACAUAUAAUAAGGCCUUUAUACAUUAUUGUAAAGGAAUUGCACUAUUUGAGAGCCAGCAACUAAAUGAAGCAUUAAAUUCUUUUAAGAUAGCCUCAUAAUUUGAUCCAAACUUCGGUUUGAACAAUUUUAAUGUUGGGAACAUAUUAAGAACUUAACAAAAGCUUUAAGAUGCUCUCAUAUAUAUGGAUUCAGCAAUAAAAAGUGAUCCAAAUCUUCUCAAGGCAUAUACUGGCAAAAGUUUGAUUCUAUGUGAGAUGAAAAAGUAUGAUCUGGCUUUAGAUUGUUUAGAGGAAGUAUUAAAAAUAAAUCCAAAUUAUGAAAAAGCAUACCAUUUAAGAGGAAAUUGUCUAAAAUAAUAAAGAAAAUUCUAGGAAGCAAUUUAAUAACUAGAUAAGGCCAUAGCUUUAGAUAAUAAAUAUGUGAAUGCAUAUACACUAAAAGGAAAUUGCUUAAGUUAAUUGAAGUAAUAUAGUAAAGCUUUGUAAUGUUAUGACUAAGCUUUAUAAAUUGAUAAGUAAUGCAUAGAAGUGUAUAUAAAUAAAGGCAUUCUAUUACAGGAUUUAAAAAAAUUUAAAGAAGCAAUUGAAUAAUAUGAUUUAGCAUUACGAAUAGAUCCUAAUUGUCCUUUGGCUUAUAAAAAUAAGGGUGUUAUUUUAGAAACUAUGAAGAAGUUUGAAGAAGCAAUAAUAUGUUAUUAAUUAGCAAUUGAGUUAGGAGAUGCUGAUUCUGAUCAAAUCAAAAAGUGGAUUGGUUCGAUUAAAGUCAAGAAGGGAAUAUCAUGGAUUUUUGGAUAUUGA